AUGGAGGUCCUCGUCUCCACCGCCGCGGCCUCCGCUCCCUUAUCCUCGGCCCGCGUCCACCGCCGGCCGCUCCCCGCCUCCGCGGCCUUCCGCGCCCCGGCCCGACGAGGCUGGCGCUGCCGCUCCGCCGCGCCGACCAGGCCCGACCCGGUGCCGUCCGAGGAGCCCGCGUCGGCGUCGGGGUCCGCGACCACCGCCACCGUCGUCACGGACAAGCCCGACGCGCCGGCCGGGGAGGAGAAGAGCGGGGAGGUCUCCGGCGGAUUUGUGGAGGUGACGGUGGAAGAUGCGCCGGUGUCGUCGCCCGAGGAGGACGGCGGCGUGGACGCCUUACUGGGCAAGUUGGACAUCCAAGUGACACCCACUUCUGUCAUCCUCGGAGGCGGUGCUCUGAUUGCUCUGUUGAUUCUAUCUAAAAUCAUUUCUGCAAUUGAUUCUGUUCCCCUGCUCCCAAAUGUGCUGGAAAUCGUAGGAACUGGCUACUCAGUCUGGUUCAUCACACGGUACCUCCUCUUUAAGGAAAGCAGAGACGAACUGUUUGCGAAAUUUGAAGAUCUGAAAAACAAUAUCAUUUGA